UUCUCAGUGCGGCGGCGGCGGCUCCGGGGACUGGGGCCUUUUGUUUGGAGCGGCGGCGGGGGGCCCCGGAGCGGCGAGGCCGGCGGCCUUCCCCUGCUCGCUCGGUCCCGGCCGCCCCUCGCGGGGGUGCGGGGGGCCGCCCCCUGGGCCGGGGCCUAGUCUCAGGCGCCCCCGCCCCGCCCUUGGCCCGCCCCGCCCGGCCCGAGGGGAGGAACCGGCCGGGCCUCCCCGCGCGGCCCAGCUACCUCCGGAGUCGCCGCCGCAACACUGCGCGCCGUACCCGAGGCUGCCUCUCGCCCCUUAGGCCGACGCCAUGAAGAUCAAGGAUGCCAAGAAACCCUCUUUCCCAUGGUUUGGCAUGGACAUCGGGGGAACUCUGGUAAAGCUCUCAUAUUUUGAACCUAUUGAUAUCACAGCAGAGGAAGAACAAGAAGAAGUUGAGAGCUUAAAAAGUAUCCGGAAAUAUUUGACUUCUAAUGUAGCCUAUGGAUCCACUGGUAUUCGGGAUGUACACCUUGAACUGAAAGAUUUAACACUUUUUGGCCGGAGAGGGAACUUGCACUUUAUCAGAUUUCCAACCCAGGACCUGCCUACUUUUAUCCAAAUGGGAAGAGAUAAAAACUUCUCAACAUUACACACGGUGCUAUGUGCUACAGGAGGUGGUGCUUACAAGUUUGAAAAAGAUUUUCGCACAAUUGGAAACCUCCACCUGCACAAACUGGAUGAACUUGACUGCCUUGUAAAGGGCUUGCUGUAUAUAGAUUCUGUCAGUUUCAACGGACAAGCAGAGUGCUAUUAUUUUGCUAAUGCCUCAGAACCUGAGAGAUGCCAAAAGAUGCCUUUCAACCUGGAUGAUCCCUAUCCACUUCUGGUAGUAAACAUUGGUUCGGGAGUCAGUAUUUUAGCAGUCCAUUCCAAAGACAACUAUAAACGAGUAACUGGGACAAGCCUUGGAGGGGGUACCUUUCUUGGUUUAUGUAGUUUAUUGACUGGCUGUGAAAGUUUUGAAGAGGCUCUUGAAAUGGCAUCCAAAGGUGACAGCACCCAAGCUGACAAGCUGGUCCGUGAUAUUUACGGAGGAGAUUAUGAAAGAUUUGGUCUGCCUGGUUGGGCUGUAGCAUCUAGUUUUGGGAAUAUGAUUUAUAAGGAGAAGCGAGAAUCUGUUAGUAAAGAAGAUCUAGCAAGAGCUACAUUAGUUACUAUCACCAAUAACAUUGGUUCUGUGGCACGAAUGUGUGCUGUUAAUGAGAAAAUAAACAGAGUUGUCUUUGUUGGAAACUUUUUACGUGUCAAUACUCUCUCGAUGAAACUUUUGGCAUAUGCACUGGAUUAUUGGUCAAAAGGUCAACUGAAAGCUUUGUUUCUAGAGCAUGAGGGAUAUUUUGGAGCAGUUGGUGCACUUCUUGGGCUGCCAAAUUUCAGCUAAGGCAUCGGGUUUCUCUCUGUUAAUAAAUGUCAUUCAAGAGGAACUGAAAACCAGAGGUGUUAUUACUGCAUUAUUUGUCACUGGGAACCAAAGGAUGAAAGAGUAGCACUAUUCCUGUUGAUUUUUAAGUAUCAGAAUGGUAAGCUGCUAUAUGUUGCCAUAUUAAAAAGAGAGCUCCAGUAAUGUGAAGUAUUUCUAAGUGAAAUGCUUUCCCUUCUGUAUAUAGCCAGUGUUAAAUCCUUAAAUGCAAUACAGCCUCUGAUUAAUGAGCUUCCUCUGAAAAAGAUUUUCUAUUUAUUUUAUUUUAUGUAGCCAACAUUGCAGUACUGUAUGUUCAAACAUGAAUCUUAAAGUCUCAGAAAUGUUUAUCUCAUGAAAAGAAUUGAUUCUGAAUAUUUGUUUCAAGUCUGUUCUAUGUGUGUUUUGGUUACUAGUAAGUGGACAGUAACAUACCCUGUAUCGAAACUUACUGAAAUGGCAAUCAAAGAUGAUCAUUUUUAUAUGAUUUUAGAAAUGUUAAAGCAAUAUUAAUUAUUCAUUACUGUUGUUUUCCAAACAUAUCUUCUCCCAAAAAGCAUGUUUAUGUGCUCUUUCCCCAGAAGUAUAACCUUUUUCAAAUGCCGUAAUUUAAUUGAAAUACUGUUGUUAAACAUUAGCCUGAAUUUUAAAAUGAAUCCUAGAGAAUGCACAUAAUUGGUGAUACUGCAUUUUUGUAUUUUGAGUUUAUCAGAUAGUACAUUUUUAAAUGAUUUUUAAUUGGAGGCUUAAUUACUUAUUUGAAAGUCCGUUCAGUGAGGUCCCAGGACUAUUUGAAUGGAGUAUGGUUUAUGUGUAUUGGUAGGGUUCUGUGCUCUUCUCUCUAUACCACAUUUAUCUUAGGCCCAAAGUUAGCCAUUUCUGUUUAAUUAUGUCUGAACCAUCAAAGGUAAAGACUGUCUUCUGCUGUGAACAGCAACAAAGUCAUUUGUUCUAAACAGAUGUUAUGGAAAUUUAAAAGACGAGUUGUUUUGAAACUGGGAAUCUGAGGCAGUAUUGCAGAAUUAUAAAAGGAUCAGUGUUUCAUACAUUCUGGUAAUAAAAGCAUUAUAGUUCCAAAA